GACAGCGACGGCCGGGCACACAGCGGCGCGGUGGCUACGUGCAGCCAGUGGGGGGCGCGAACAAGAAGCAGAUCAUGCGGGAGAUGGUAGGGCCCCCUGGAAAGCACGAGCCCGGUUUAUAAACCCCCCCUCCACUGAUUCGUCAGCCAUUUUGUUUGGCUCCGAAGAAUCAUCGCGCAGGCUCCGGUUCCGGUGACAAUAAGCCAAGAAACACGAGCGAUGGCGGCGGGGAGGCGAGAGGAGGCGCUGCGGGAGGAGGAAGGGGAGGAGGAUUACAUCGACAUGGACCUGAGCUCGGCGCCCGCGGCGGCGCGGGAGUUCGAGUUCAUGUCGGCGCCGCUGGACCGGUGGGGGGAGCCGCUGGCGUCGCCGGCGGACGAGCUCUUCUACAAGGGGAAGCUGCUGCCGCUGCACCUCCCGCCGCGCAUCCAGAUGGUGGAGGAGCUCCUCGACGGCCGCGGCGACAGCGGGGGCCGCCGCUUCAGGGGCGGCAGGGGGGAGGCCCUGCUCGGCGGCGGCUUCAGCACAGCGCCCGCGACGCCGUACGAGUCGUGCAACGCGUCGCCGGCCAACUCGUGCUACGUCAGCGGGGAGCUCAACGUCGAGGAGUAUUUCCAGGAGUACGCGGCCGGCCUGGCGGGCGCCGCCGCCGCGGCGGAGGCGGCGGCCGGGGAGAGGAAGCCGUGGUCCAGGAGGCUCAGGUUCAUGCGGCAGCUCAACCUCGGCCUCAAGCUCAAGGCGUCCAAGGCCUACCUCAAGACGAUAUUCGCAGCCAAGGCGGGGGACCAGGAUGGCAAGAACGUUCCUGGAGCGACGAGGGGAGUCCCGGAGCUCGCCCACGGCCAUGGCCACCUCAGUCCGUGGAGGAAGAAUCCGUUUGGCCAGGUCAGAAGCAACAGGUGCAUCGCCUCGCACGGCGCCGGCGCCGGCGGUGGCAGCGCCCGUGCCACGCCCACGGUGGAGCGGCACAAGGAGCGCGAGCACGGGCACAGGAGGUCCUUCUCCAGCGUAAUCGUCCGGUACUCGUCGUCGAACAAGAUGACCCCAGCCCCCGCGCUGCCGUCGUCGUCGUCAUCGUGCUCCUCGUCGUCGAGCUCCUCGUCGGCCUCCUCGUCGGUCCGGACCUCCAGCGAGUCCGACGACGGCGCCGGGCCGGCGCUGAGGAGGAGCAGCAGCGCGAGCUCGGAGGUGGAGAACCCGAUCCAGGGGCUCAUCGCCUACUGCAAGAAGUCCCAGCAGCUGGCCUCGGUCAGGAAGAGCGCCAGCGACGCUGGGUUCCGGUUCCUCUCGUCGGCGGCGUCCAAGAUCGCCGCGGAGUCCGACGGCCUCGACGAGCUGGUCGAGAUUUGCAGAGGAUGAUUGGCAUCCUGAUGAUUGUACAAUGACGCAACGCGUCCUGAAAAUUUUGUGAAAACUGAAACUUGUGCUGUUGGCCACCCUGUGUCAUGAUGAUAUUGUUCAAAGGAAUGACAUCUGAACUUUGAGCA